CUCACUCACUCACUCACACACACACACACACGGCCCAGUCCCAGUCCCAAAGAUUGUGUUACGUGAAACUGGUUGGUGAUGCAAGACAUGUUGGGGAGCGCUGUGUUGUUCAGUGGUAUUAGGAUUGAGCAAAAGGAGGAUGAUUAAUCCCAGUCUUUAAAAUAAUCGUUCGGAUUAUCUAUAUAUCUGCUAUGACGGGACAAGGAAACAAUAUUUCAGCGCUGGAAGAGAAAAAAACUUCAAGUCCCACAAUCCAUCAGUUCGGAAAAAAGACGGGAGUUGCAAAAAAAGGCAGCGGUUUCCAUUCAUUUGGGCAUCAAAACGAGCGUAAAGGGAAACGCCACUGCCGCGUUAUUGCCAUAUAAAUGGCGGUGCGACCUUAAGGAGCAAAACGGAUUCGUUUUAAACAUGGCGAAAGACCAAGAAGUCGAGCGCAUCGCCAAAAAACUGGACAAAAUGGUGCACAAAAACAACACGGAUGGCGCCAUGGACCUUUUAAAGGAACUGAAGACUAUGAAGAUGUCCCUAGAAACCCUGCAGUCCACAAGGAUUGGGAUGUCUGUGAACGCUGUGAGGAAGCAGAGUUCAGAUGAGGAGGUGCAGACUCUGGCUAAAUCUCUCAUCAAAACCUGGAAGAAACUGCUUGAUGGUUCUGAGGGCAAGUCAGAGGAGAAGAAAAAGGGACCACCCCCACUUCAGUCAUCAUCAUCAAAAGAUAGUCCUGGAUCCAGUGAUUUCAGUAAGAAACCAGACACACCAAAGACUCCCACCACCCCUACCACCCCCACGACCCCGAAAAUGACCUCGUUCCCCCCUCCUCCUGUUACAACUGACAGUGUGCGCAAUAAAUGCAGAGAGCUUCUCGUCUCAGCCCUGCAGACGGACGAUGACUACAAAACAAUUGGAGCAGAUUGUGAUGCUUUGGCAGCAGAGAUUGAAGAUUGCAUCUAUAAAGAGUUUAAAUCCACUGACAUGAAGUAUAAGUCUCGGUUGAGGAGUCGCAUUUCCAACCUGAAAGACCAGAAGAACCCUGACCUGAGGCGCAACGUGCUGUGUGGCUCCAUAAGCCCUGAACGCAUCGCUUCCAUGACUGCAGAGGAGAUGGCAAGUGCCGAGCUGAAAGAGAUUAGAAAGGCACUAACUAAAGAGUCUAUCCGGGAGCACCAGCUCUCUAAAGUAGGCGGCUCAGAGACCGAUAUGUUUGUCUGUGGAAAGUGCAAGAGCAAGAGCUGCACCUACACGCAGGUUCAGACUCGCAGUGCUGAUGAACCCAUGACCACGUUUGUGAUGUGCAAUGAAUGUGGCAACCGGUGGAAGUUUUGUUAAGAAGCAUCAAGAUUCUUCGUGUAAUCAAGUGACUAAUUAACAUUGUGAGAGGUACUUUUGUUACUUUUUUUUCCAGAAGAUAUGUCAUUUUUAUACUCAUUUCAUAGCUUUGUAAUAUAUUCUGUAUGCAUAUAGCUGUAUAUGCAAAAUAAUGGAGUUUGAUGUAAAUUUUAUUUUAUAGCAUUUUUUUGUACUGAGAUUAUAUUCAUUACCUUUUUGCACUUUGAGUUAACUGGACUUUGUAAGUCAGCAUUAGCUCAUUUGAUACUGCUUUUUGCCCCCCAGAUGAUGCACUCUGUGCCGUUCAUGUGCUUUUCAAUGCCGAGAUUGUCACGCUUAAAGAUUUGAACAAAUUUUUUUGCACAUCAGUAAGAUUUGUGAAAGUGUGUUGUAGAUAUGGCAUAUGCAGAUUAUGCAUUCGGUAACGCGUAUUAUUUGACACUUUAUUCGGAUAGUCAUUUGUAGAUGCGUAACGAAUUUCCAGUGAGCAUUAAAUGAACAAAUAGUACUAAGCAUAGUCUGAAACAUAUUCAGUCAACUGCGAACCAACCCAUUUAGAUUGAUCGUGUCAUAGAUCAUCUAUAGAAGACCUUCCAGAUAAAGUGAGACUUUUUUUUUUUCUGCAGCUGAUUAAUGUGUGAAAAAGUGAAUCUGAUAACAUUUGACAUGUAUGAUAAACUUGUAGACCAGUUGGUCUCAAUAAAUUUGGAGAAACACA